UCAUCUCCGGCCGCUGUCAACGCCCUGGAAGCCGAACGCAGGCAGUUGCAAGAGGAAUUGGAUCGCCGCCUGGCCGAAUGCAACAGUGCUCACUCGAAGUCGAUUGCCGAGUUGGAGAGUGCGCGAGAUGCCCUAACGGUCAAGCUUACAGAUGCCGAGACGCGCUCAACCCAGCUGGGAACGGAGUUGGAUGCAAUGACGCAGCGUUUCCGAACAACGGAUCGCUUUUUGAACGAACAACUCCAGGAACGGGAGCAGGAGCGCGAAGAGUUCCAAACGCGCAUAGAUCUUUUAUCCGGCCAGAUCGAUUUUAAAACGAGGUGUGAGGGAGCUGCUCUAAAUGCCUUUGUAACUCUAAUCCAGAACGUAAUCGCUGCUCUGAAGAGGGCACAUGCUUCAUCUCCCACAAACCCUUUGCCACCCAAACCUACCGAAAACGGCUUCCUGACACCUGACAGUUCGCAAGUGAAGCCUAAUUCACCGGGUGUGUUUAAGAGCUCCCCUGAUUCCCUCCCCGAACCUCAAACCGAGCGCAUGCGACCCUCGGUGAGACAUGCUAUAAACGGCAGUUGGCAGGAUACCUCUAGCAAUUUCGACGCUGGAAGCAGUGAUGUGGAUGAUGCAUUGUCGUUUGAACUCUCGGUUCACCCACGUCGUUGCUCCUCGCCUUCUGUUGCACCCACUCUUGAGAUCCGGCCGUCGACCGUCAAUCACCAGCGCUCAUCUGUCUUGUCUCCGCAAAGUGGCGAAAGUAAGACAGAUGCUUGUGUGGGCGACUCAUCUGUAAAGUACGUCGACACUGGUGUCUCUCCGAUGGCCCUUCCUCGCACCUCAGAAAUUGGACAGUCUGCAAAGCGAGGCUCUGUCUGUUCCGUCCCUCCCGAUAUCUCACCUGGGAACAGCGCGCUGAACCUGUCUCUAGAGAUGCGUCAUACCACUCUAAUGGACGAAUUAGUGAGUGAGCCAGUUUUAAUGAUCUCGCCUUUCCUAUUCGGAGCCAUGACAGUGUUAAGCGGUUACUGCGCACCUUCCUGA